AAAAAACAAUUAGUGGAGAAAAGAAAAAAAAAGACGUCAAAUAUGUCCUGAUUUGAUAUGAUCGUGCAUGCUCUGUGUAUCAUGAUCCCGAAUCGCUUGCUUUAUUAAGUACUACCGUCACUGAAAAAGGUAGAAAAUCCCAUCAAAUACGGUUAGAAUCGGGCAGCUUGGGGCCCGGGUGGCCAGUUUUUGAAAGCCAUACCAUGAACUUUUACGGUUUGACAAGUCGUUGUAUCGUAUCACAAGUGAAGUUCAAAAUUGUCAAUUAACCAUGUGAAGCAAAUAAAUAACUCGAAAAAAAUACUACUCGUAAUAUAUCAAAACUAGCCUAGUUUUUACCCUUUCUUCUCGUAUACCUUUUGCAUGCCACGGAUCGCAACCCUACAUGCCGUCUCCUUGGAACACUACAAUGAGACGUCUCCAUCAACAAACGUCUUCCCAACAGAACCAAGGUGAAGUACCAGGCAAUCGUUCUUCGCAAACCCCCCUGGACGAUGAAUAUAACCAAGCAACGGCUUUAACUGCGAAUAUGCCUCUCCCCCAAGAAACAGCUAUCGACGUGUCUAGAAGAACGCGCAAUAACUCUCUUAUAUUGCCAGAACUCAUAAAUGAAAUCAAUACCAAAGGAACGCGUGAACGAGCGGCUUUGGCAACCGUGUUUGGCAUACAAGAAUAUACCGAUGGUGGCAUAUUUUGGGAGACUGCUAUGGCAGAUGAGGGGCAGCCAGCUCGGAAACACUCCAACGAUAUGGAGGAAUCAGUGACAGGUGCUGGCACCUGUAAUCAUUACGGUAAAAACCAUGAUGAGAACCAUGCAGCACUGGUGGAGUGUGCGUUCAAAGAUGUCGGGCUACAGAGUUUUCUGCCAUCCAGUUCGUUUACGCAUGAACCGUUUGGAAAUUUUUCAUUGCCGGAUAUCCCAGCCGUCAGCAAUUUCAAUGAUCUGCUUGCUGAAGAUGAUUUCAUGUUUCCUGCCAAUCCAUCGUCUGUACUUCUACAUCAUCUGACACCUAUCGCGAGUGGAAGAUCUGUUUCUUCAGACCACAAUUCGUCUCACUUACAGGCUCAAACCCCACCGCCGAUCGAUCUUUCCGUUUCCGAGGGAGAUAUUGGUCCACCACUUCUUUUUAUCGAUUAUCCACCGGCCAUUUUUGAUCUAUUAAAAUCAGACGACGAUCCUCAUAUUAUUGUAUGGGGUCCGGAUCCUAAUAUGUUAUCGGCAAGUUUGGCAACAACGGGGCAAAAUAUAUCGGCCACUUGCUCAGCCUAUUCGUCACUGGCAGCUCGAAAUGUAAAUGCUUGCGCAGGCAGACCGGCUUUGAAAGGAUUCUCGUCCAACACAACAGCGAUUUCCUCAGAACCUCCAUCACCGAUAUCAGAGAGACCUCUCUCCGCUAGAUGGUCUUUAUUACCAGACACUAUUCGGCUGGGCAACGCCUUAAGCCGCCCGCGCUCACGCCUUAUGUCACCCUUACGUUCGGUUGCAUCAGACACCAAUAUUGUAAAAGAUGCUCAUAUAAGUUUGAAAACCAAGCUAUCCUUGAAACGAUCGCUUGCGAAAAACCGCCACAAAACCGAUAAUGCCAAGUCUGAUAACCAAGAGAAACUUGCACCACACCAUAUUCCUAUGGUAAUCGAAGCGGCAACUGUCGAGAAAUUAGUUGAGAAAUUGACCAGCACAAUAGAUUACACUUUCAUGACAGACUUCUUUUUGACUUACCGACUCUUUAUUUCGCCGAUACAAUUAUGCAAGUUGUUGAUAUUGCGGUUCGACUGGGCUUUGGCGAACGACACUGAAGAGCGUCGUAUAGUGCGAAUCAGAACGUUCGUAGUACUCCGACAUUGGCUGCUCAAUUAUUUCGUGCACGACUUUAUCCCCUCUCGUGAAUUGCGCGUUAUUCUCACAUCCUUUUUGAAUGGUCUUCCACGCCAUCCUCUCGUCAAAUCUUCGCCUCGAGAUCAACGUAUUGUAAAGGGACUAAAGCGCGUUGUCAGGCGGUUGAAGAAAGUAUACUAUUAUGGUUCCACCUCGGAACGAGUCAAAGUGAUAUUGCCUCCGCCAGCCACUGAUCAACUAGAAAGGGUCAAGGAAAUGGCUCGAGCUCAGUUAUCUCAGGGUGUCAUUCGCAGGAAAACUGCCUUGGUGCGUGGCGUGAACGUUGGUGGCAAGCAUAAUGGUAACAUGGCCAUUCAGGAUACACGACAGGCUCAAGUGGUUGUUAUUGGUAGCGUGCAAGGAAAGCAUACGCAAUAUAUGCGUCCCUCAAUGUCUCAGCGGUCCCCAUCGCGUUUGAGCAGUGCAAUCAGCCAUAGUGCUGAUAUUCAGACCAUCAAAGCAUCUUAUUUGCAACGUAUGCAACAACAAAAGAAAAUGGAGGACGAACAAAAUCCUGGCAGCAUAGCUAGCCCUCGAGACUCCUUGGUCACGGAUAGCUCACAAACAAGCGUUGUAUCAGAUGAUUCUCUCGAUAGUGCAAUCAGCCCUGGCACAACAGAUACGGAAGAGGAUAUGGAUGACGACGAGCAGUCUCACAGAUAUUACCGUUCGUCUUUCGAGUGGGUUGAUGCAGAACGUCUGAGCCAACAAUGGGAGAACGAACGUCAUAAAUCUGAAGAAGACGAGGAACAACAAAGAAAGCAGUUUUUUACAAGUAGGCCAUCCGAUGGCGCUGAAGUAUGUGAUUGGCCACCAAACAACGAACAGCCAUCAUUGAACCUCAAAGAUAACACAUCAACUUUUUCGGCGCCACAUACCCUACGAUCUCCGGCAUCCAGCGGUCCUGGUCGCAUGCAUCAGCCAUCUGAGGCAGAUCCAUCAAUAGCAGCUUCGUCGGCAGGUCGAAAGAACACCAAUAAGCGACCUCCGCUGCCGCCGCAAUUUUUAGGUUCUGACAAAAAUCGAGACACUACGAAAGAAACAAGAACUGCAGACUUCAAUACCGUUGCAACUGCCUCCAGCACAUCGCCGCUUACGAACCAAUCAUCAACUGCAAGUCGCUCCUUAACACGCAUGCCUUCCGAACGAUGGUGUCGAAAAUCGCCAGAUGAAGAUCCUUUGAACCGACCCAUUUCUCCACCAAGAUCUGAAAGUUUACCGGUUGAAAUCAUCCGUGCCCUUGAUAUUAACGAUCUAGGGCCUGUCAAAUCUGCGACCGGUCUGUCGAUUAACUUAUCCCGUAAAAGCAUCGAGCGACGUAAAAGCGAAAACGAGCUUCGGGCGGGAAGUAGCUCUCCUGGGCCCUACUCCGCCAAUAUAUUGGGUACGAACUUGGCAGACCAUAUACCGGAUGUCCCUCCUUUACGACAAGCGGUAGACGGGCCUCAGAGCAAGAUACUUAGUCAUACGUUGUCGUCUGAAAAGAGAACUCUCACGCCCAUGCCAGUGGAAACAUCGCCAAUCGAUAACUUUGAAGCAAUUCCUUACGAUCAAACUACCAGUGUCCCUUUUACUCCUCCCUCCAGUGGAAUCAGCCUUAGCCGUCCUGUAAGCAAGCGCAGUCUGUCCAAGGCAUUCAAAAAGGUCUUGAAGCAAGAUGUGCCAGCAACCGCGACAUCUGAUACUUUGCUCAAUGAAACGAGUGGGCCUGAAUCACCCUCCCUUUCGCCGUCAACUGAUACUAGAGAAAAUCCAUCUGCGAUGACAGCAAGCGAUCGCAUUGUCAGUAGGAUUGCACAACAGCUAAGGAACAGCGAAGUGGAUAUUGAACCCUGUGAUUGCAGGAAAUGCACCGGCGAAGAUCAGGGACCGGUUUCUUGUCGACGUCUGAGCAUUCUUCUCGCAGGAGAUGAAGAGCGUCGUCACAGCUUGGAAUUACGAAGACGACGCGGCGCUAGUAUUGAUCGUGAGCCGCGAUCGCUGGACUUCGGUGUGCAGAGUCUGGGCCAGGAAGAUAAAAGAAGCAACUUGAAGUCGAAACAUGCAGGACCAAUAUACCUGGGACACCUUGAUCCCAGUUCCGAAGAUCCUGAAUCGCAAAAUACAAUGCAUAUCCAAGAAGCGCCAAGCAUUUCGCAAGUCGAAUCUGAUGCUGACAGUGCUUUAGCAACAGCGGUCUCGGCUUCCAUCAACACCGUUUCAACCAGCCGCGCUGACCUUCCUUCCGAAAUUCUAAGCAUCACCAACAUGAUUCAGCGGCACGAAGAUCCAGAACUCACAAACUCACUCUACACGUACGAUAACACGAUUCAUCAUACAUGGAAUAAUUUAGAGUCAAAUACAUUAUCGAGCGACAUUAUUCCGUCGGAACAUCAUAGUUUUAUCCUGGACCACCGAUCAGCAAAAAUGGCACAGCAGUUCUGUUUGAUAGAACGUGAUAUACUACUGGUCGUUGACUGGGAAGACCUGGUACACUGUCGCUGGACCAAAAUGGAUCAUCAUCAGGAACACAGCAACGUGGACCGGGAUAAUCAUGACGAAAAGGCUUCGAUAUUGGACGAAGAAGCUGAUUGCGGAGGUGGCGUAGAGCAGGUCAUUGAGCGCUUCAAUACCGUCUGUCAAUGGGUUGCGUCGGAAAUCGUAAGAACACGAGACAUCAACGAACGAACCAAACUCAUCGAGAAAUUUAUUCGAUUAGCUCAGAAAUGCAAACUUUUCUCCAACUUCGCUACACUGGUACAGAUCGUAUUGGGUUUACAGUCACCGUCCAUUUCGCGGCUGAAAAAAACGUGGUCCAAAGUCGGAUCUUCAGAACUCCGUUUGCUGGAUCAACUGUCCGCUUUCACCUCUCCUAUGCGGAAUUGGAAACAUAUUCGCGACAGUAUGACACUGGUGGCAGAAGAGCACGGUAUGUCCUCCACCGAUAUACAGAUCGAAUUACCGAGUACAAAUUAUCGUACUUUCCGAAGAACGAAAAUCAAGUAUCCUUUUGGCGGCUGCAUCCCGUUUCUGGGCAUAUACCUGUCUGAUUUAGUAUUCAACUCGGAACAACCGCCUUAUCUGAAUCCAGGAAAUGAGGCAUCAAACGAUACUGCCGAUGUUUCGCCAGUGGUUCGGCAACCUUUGGUGAACUUUCGUAAACACAGAAUUAUGGCAACAGUUAUCAAACGGGUUUUAACAUUUCGCCAGCUAGCCAAUCGAUAUUCUUUCGACAUCGAAGACGAUUUAUAUGAGCUAUGUUGGCAUUUGCAGGUCCUUGAUUCGGAUGCAAUUCGAAAGUUAAGUCAUGAAAUAGAGUAAAACCAUUCAUUUAGCCAUUUUUUCGUAUUUUAGCUAUAGUUUAUACUUAUUUAUACCCUAUCAUCUUGUUUAUAUCUUUUUUAACUGCCCGGCUCCAUCCAUUUUUCAUAGAAU